AUGCGACUCGUUCUUACUGCCGCCGGCCUUUUCGGCUUUGCUCAAUAUGCCGACGCCCAGGCCAUGAUGCGCUUCGGGUGCUCCCAGCUCGUCGUCGAGCGCGUUGACCCCCUAGUCAACCCGGGCCAAGUCUAUACUCCCCAUGUCCACCAGAUAGUUGGAGGAAAUUCCUUCAACGUCUCUAUGGACCCGGAGGUGCAUGAUCCUGCCGCCCUCUCCACCUGCACGACUUGUACGUAUUCCGAAGACAUGUCCAACUACUGGACCGCCGUACUCUACUAUAAGGCCCGCAAUGGAACCUUUAAGCGUGUUGCCCAAGAAGCCAACAUGGGCUUGGUUCAGAAUGGCGGCAUCACCGUGUACUAUAUUCCUCCCUACGAUGGCCGCACCAAGGUUACCGCUUUCCCCAAGGGCUUCCGCAUGCUCGCCGGUGAUCCUAACCAAUCCAGCCCCGAAGGCAUGCAACCCGGAAUCUGCCACCGCUGCUUCGGCCGAAACCAGCAGCCGUUCGGUGGUGCCCCCUGUACAGGCGCCGACACUGCAACCCUCCCAGCCGGCAUGUGCCUUGGCGGAAUUCGAACCACCGUGACUUUCCCUACCUGCUGGGACGGCAAAAACAUCGACAGUCCCGAUCACAAGUCUCACAUCGCCUACCCUACUCCAGCCUUCGAGAUGAAUGGGAACUGCCCCGAGUCUCAUCCCGUGAAACUGCCUCAGGUUAUGUAUGAGAUCAUGUGGGAUACCAAGCCUUAUAAUGAUCCUGAGUUGUGGCCGGAGGAUGGGUCGCAGCCUUUCGUUUAUAGUUUUGGUGACAAACUCGGGUAUGGCCAGCACGGUGACUACGUCUUUGGCUGGAAGGACGAUUCUCUCCAGAAGGCGCUGGAUGCUAGAUGCAAUCUGGACAGGUGCUCGACUCUCAAGUACCAGACCCCCCAGGAGGCCAUGAAGUGCACUAUCCCGCAGACUGCGGCCGAGGAGGUUGAUGGUUGGCUUUCCUCGCUUCCCGGAAACUACCCCGAUAUUUGA